AUGUUUGAUCCUGAAAUCAUCUUGUUGUCACAUUACUCUGCAGUAGAUGAGCCGGAGGACAGUGCAGCUGAAACAGAAGCAAAGCAGUCAGUGAAGAUUUCUGAAGAGAUCAACAAGAAGAAACAACAUGAAAGAGAAACUGAAAAACUGUUUGGUAGACUUCACCUUCAAGACAAACAUCAACAGAAGUUCACACCAGCAGAGUUUCUUAAAAUUGGUCCACCUCUGAAACUGGACCAUGGCACAUGUGAGAAAGAUCUAGCUCAUACUUUUCUUCAGAGGUUGAUGAUGUUAGACUACAGAGCCAGAUAUAUUCCUGUAAGACAAGACAGUCCUGAAGUGAGCCUGUCAAAUCCUGUUCCAGUGUUUGACGAUGAUGAGACAGAUGGCAGCGACUUAGAUGCUCUAUAUAGCACCAGUGUAGAAUGUGAUCAGUCAAAACAGAAUCAUGUGCAUCCAAUGGACGUUCAAAUGGCAGUAUUUCACUGCUCAGACAGCUUUUUAAAGCAGAACAUGAUUACAAAGCUAUCACAAUGUCAGUACGCCUUACCUUUGCUUGUUCCUGACCCAGUCACUAUGGAUGUUGAGUGUCCUCUGUGGACAUUCAGACAAAUAAAAAAAACAUGGAAGAUAGCUAAAAAUGAAGACGAUUCAAACAUUGUUACCAUGAAGAGUAUGCCCAUCUGCAAAGCUGAGACACCCAUGGUGUCAUUUCUCCGCCUGGGUUCAUUAUCUCUGUCUAAAUCUCAGCUGAUGAACACUUUGAUCAACGACCGUCACAACACCUUCUUCCACAGAAACCGCCCAGGUAGCACCAAGUCUCGUCAUUUGAUGGAUGGAGUUGUAGAGAUUGCCUGGUACUGCCCUUCAGGAAAACCCAAUGAUGCUUUCACUGACUGUGUUGCCUUCUGUAAUCUUCAUGGUGAUGCUCUGUUGAUUGAAAAACAACGUGAUAUACUGACUGAAAAAUCUUCAGUUAAUGUUGUUCUUGUACCAACUCUGGAAAAAGGCCAUGAAAGUAUUACAGUUAUCUCAAAACAUUUAAAGUCUUCGAAGCCUCUCAUUAUUCUCAUUGCUGAUGAUGACUGUGAUACAGUUCAGAUGAAAAAGGGAAAAUACAAACUGGGCCUAAAAGACAAAAGCCAAUCAGAUGUUUCUGAAGAACUGAAAAGAAUCAUGAGCAACAUUUUGUCUGGACCACAUGACUCCUUCAAGCUUGAAACCAUGGCUGAUGUCCCUGGAAUCAAAGUGGAUGAAAAAGACACAGCCUGCCAAACUGGAAAAUCUGCUGCUAUGAAAAUAGUAGAUUUGUUUCAGUGGAAGGAUGUUUCAAAGAUCAAAGAUACAUGUCUUCCUUGUCAAGGCAAAUUGUGGCAUGAAUGGAGCAGAAUAAACAAAGAACUGUAUCACCUCAAAGGACACAUUGAGAAGGAGAAAUGUCAAAAGCAACAGGAACUAUUGAAGAUACGACAAAAUCAACAGAAAGCUUCCUGCAGUAAACUGAUGAAGUUGUUCACUGAAAGCCUCUCAUCUUUAAAGUCAACAGACAAAAAGUAUUUUGUCAAGUGGAUUCAGAUCUUAAUAGAUGCCCUCUCCACAGGCGAUCUCUCUACAAUUCUUCAAAGCUAUGAUAAAAAGUGGUCUGAGGUCUUGACUUUGAAGAAGAAGCAUGACAAAUCUGAUCAGUUAGAAAGCAAGCAAAUUGAGUUUGAUCAAAUAUCAGCAAAACUACAGUCAGCAACGUUUGGUUUGGAGCACAUCUUUAGAGAAAUGGGACAAAUCUAUGAAGCCCACAAAUCUCUGCAGAAACAAAGAAAGAGGAGACAGACUGACUGGGUUAAAUAUCCAGAGCUGGCUGCAGAGCUGAUGAUCUCAGGACAUCCAAUGGAGCUGAUGGAUGGAGAUGCAGGUCAUGUGCCUUUAAUAUGGAUCUCUAGUCUUUUAGAUGAAGUCAUCAAGAAACUGGGCGACAAGAAAGUUUUUGUUUUGUCAGUUUUAGGCGUACAAAGCAGUGGAAAAUCAACUAUGCUGAAUGCCAUGUUUGGGUUACAGUUUGCAGUGAGUGCUGGCAGGUGCACCAAGGGUGCCUUCAUGCAACUGAUCAAAGUGUCAGAGGAGAUCAAGACAGACUUUCAGUUUGACUAUGUUCUAGUGGUCGACACUGAAGGACUGCGUGCUCUUGAGUUGGUAGAUACCAGUCUUCACCAUGACAAUGAACUGGCAACAUUUGUUGUUGGUCUGGGAAACAUGACAUUGAUCAACAUCUUUGGAGAGAAUCCAGCUGACAUGCAAGAUGUUCUGCAAAUUGUUGUUCAGGCUUUCAUGAGGAUGAAGAAAGUCAAACUUUCUCCAAGUUGUGUGUUUGUUCACCAAAAUGUUACAGAUGUUGCAGCUGCAGAGAAAAACAUGGAUGGAAAGAGACGCCUGCAAGAAAAACUGGACAAGAUGGCCCGACUAGCUGCAACAGAAGAGGUUUGUGAUGCUGAGUGCUUCAGUGAUGUCAUUGCAUUUGACGUGCAAACAGAUGUGAAAUACUUUGCCCAGCUAUGGGAGGGAAGUCCACCUAUGGCUCCUCCAAAUCCAGGUUAUACCGACAGCGUCCAGGACCUGAAGAACUUCAUCCUCUCUAAAGCUUCACAGUCAGCUGGGAUUACUCUCUCACAGUUCAAAAGCAAAAUUCAUGAUAUGUGGAAUGCCCUGUUGAAUGAAAACUUUGUUUUCAGUUUCAAAAACACACUUGAAAUUGCAGUGUACAGAAAACUUGAGAUCCAGUAUGGGAACUGGACCUGGACCCUGAGGAGCAACAUGUUGACCAUUGAAAACCAGCUUCAUACCGAAAUUGAAAAUGGAAAACUUGACAUGGUUGAGCUCAGUUAUCUUAAUGACAAAAUGAGCAAAACAUAUGAAGAAAUUAAAAAGGAUAUGACAGCUUACUUUGAUGGCAGAGAUAAAGAAAUGUUGGUCCAGUGGAAAGGCCGAUUUGAAAACAAAAUCAAAGAGUUUCAUGAUGAACAAGUGAGAGGAGUUAAAAGAAAACUGGAUGAAGUUAUCCAGCAGAGGAGUGCUUGUAAAAAGCUUGAUGACAAGAAGACAGAGUUUGAGAACAAGCUGCUGCAAAAGAGUAAAGAGCUCGCUCAUCAGUUAAAAGACAAGGCAAGAGAUGAAGAGGAACUGAAAAAACAGUUCAACUCUGUCUGGAAAGUGUGUGUUAAAGAAAUAACUGCAAGUAUAAAGCCUAUUGAGGAUAUUAACUUGGAAGAAGAUCAGUCAACUAUCCUUCAAGAUCUUGGUUUUGAAUGGUCUCUUAUAGCUGAAUCAAAAAAUAAUGGCAACUACAAAAACAUAUCAGAGCUUGGUGAUUACAUCCAUUACGUAUCCUUCACAAGACCAGAACGUUGGGUCAGUGCAGUUAAAGAGCAUUUAGGAUUUGGUUCAGGAACAAAACAUAUGCCACAUGGGGAACAGCAACUGAUCAGAUCCCUUAUUCAUAAUGUUGAAGAACAUUCCCUGGAUUUAAUAAAGAGCAAACCUGUAGCUACAAGAGGCUACAGUUCAACUUACUUACAAGAAGUGUUCAAAAAUGUAAAAGAAAAAGUGACAGAAUUUGAAUCACAGUGGAAAUAUGCUCUGAAGAAGGAGUUCACAGUUGAUCUCUUACUGUAUGUUUUUGACAAAGUAGGGAGUUGGCUUUCAGAGUCCCACAAGAAAUUCAAAAUGAAGAAUGAUGCUCACACUUAUUUAGAGAACAAGAAAAUGCAUUAUUACAACAUUUUCAGAAGCUUCUGCAAAGGAAACUCAUCUGCUGUUGUGCUUGGAGAACUGAUCUGUGAGAAACUGAAGAGUCCCACUGCUGAGGCUGUCUGUAACAAGACUGCCAUUGAUCUUGCUGAAGAGAUGAGGUGCAGAUGUCCAGCAUUCAGUGGUAACCGGCUGAACUUGGAGAAACAUGUCUUGAAGUCACUGGCAGAGAAAGAGGACUUUGAUGGUUUUAUCACCUACAUCCAACGCCCAAGACAGCAAGUAGAGACCUUUAUCAAAGAGGAAGUAAAGAAAUACAUCUUCACAAAGAACAAAAAUAAAGCACAGAAAAUACUCAAGAAAAAUGUUGAAGACAUCAAACGACGUGUGAGUCAAGCUUUAUUUGCUGCAACAGAGGAAGUCAAAACUCAGAGAGGAGAAAAAGAAGAAGAAGAAAAACAACAAAACGAGAAACAACUGAAAAAGUGGGUAGAGAAAUUUUCCAGUUCACUAACAGAUGUGCUAAAAUUUGACACCAUUUCUUUUGAAAAUUUCAAUGACAUAAACAAAUUUGACUUUCUUAAAGAAGAGAUAGAGAAAGGACUUGAAUGCAUUAUGAAGGAGCUCAGCAGCCUCCCAUUAGAUAAGAUGAAUGAAUUCAGGCUGCAGCCGGAUCAGAUCCUCAUCAAUCAGCUGUGUAACUGCUGCUGGGAAACCUGUCCAUUCUGUGCAGCUGUUUGUACCAACACUGUCAAAGAUCACCUCCCUGACAAACACAAUGUGCCUUUUCAUCGCCCUUCUGGGAUUAAAGGAUGGCACAAGAGAGACACAGAUGAACUGGUCAUCGAUUUCUGCACAACAUUAGUUGCAAGUGAUAAACAUUUCCACCAUCAUGAUUCAAGUUAUCCUUAUAAAGAGUAUCAAAAAGCUGGAGAGAAGUUUGCUUCAUGGAAGAUUACUCCUGAUGAGUCUAAGUUGACAUACUGGAAAUGGUUUGUAUGUCGAUUUCAAACGCAGCUUGAAGGGCACUAUAAAUUAAAAUUCCAUGGCAAAGGAAACAUCCUUCAUAGGCAGAAAAACUACAGUAAACAAGAAGCGAUUAACAGUCUGGAUGAAAUGAUCAAAUCACAGUGAUCCAGAAACAACUGAAGUUUAUCACAGUAACAGAAUUCCAAACUGUCUGUAAAUGUUCAAAAGAAAAAGGAGAUUUUGAUUUGGUUGACAUUAAUUGUGCGAUAAGAACUGAGGAUGAAGCCAAAAUGUCUGGAUGCACAUGUUUAUAAUUUGAUCAAUAUGUAGGCCUGUUUUAAUUCUAUCAUAGUGUUGUAGUACAACAUUGAGUAGUAAGGAUUUCUCAAAAUGGCCUGUGUGUAAUCACAAGUUCUGUGUUUUGUAGGUAUUAAAUGAUAAAACAUGAAUCUUAAGUAUCAAAUCAUUUCGGUUAUUUAGGUUUUUGUUUGCUUAUUUUAUUUUACAAGAUGAAGAUGCAUGGAAUUCAUAUGUGAAUAUUUCAAGGAUGUUUAAAUAAGUUUUCAGAUAUUAUAGGCACAUUUUGAUUUUGAGGUAUUAUUUCACAUUUUACCAUUUUACCAUUUUAGUUUUAUAUGAAAAUCUCAACAGAUAGACAUUAGUUAUGCGGAGUAUAUGUUUUUCUUCCAAAGAUGGGCAUUUUCUUAAGUUUUAGGUUUCAAAGAGAAAGAAUUCUGCAGGAUGUUGAUCUUAGAUAUGUUGUCAGAAGUGUAUAUAAUUCAACUCAUUUGGUAUAUGGAAGCCAUAAUUUUUAUUUUUAUAGUUGUCAUUAAAAGGCCUUAUAACAGGCAAC